UGGGCCAGGUCGAGCAUUACAAGUCCGCGACCGCGUCUGGGCCUCCUUCGUGUUCCGGUGGAAGUACCGCAGCGUCUCUUCUCCUCUCCUCUCCUCCUCUCCCCUCCCCUCCCCACGGCCAUGGACACUCACCACGCAUCCCGGGGCCGGCGUACGUUGGAAGAAAUUCGCCAAAAGAGAGCCGCCGAGAGAUUGCACAAAGCGUCCUCCGGAUCCGAUCUCGAAUCCUCCAAUCAUUCCGGGAAUCACAAAUUGGAGAGCGAAUUCACACCGGCCGAGAGAGAUUCUCAUGCGUUGCUAGCUCGAGUCAAAGAGCUUGAGAGUAGAAAUGCUGAAUUAGAAAAGGAAAACCAGAAAUUAGUGUCGAAGCUCGAGGAAAAGGAAGUCGAGAAGGACUCGCUGACGAAGCGUUUGAAUGAUCUGGAACAAAAUAGUUUGCCCUCCUUGAGAAAAGCCUUGAAGGACCUUUCGAUAGAGAAGGAUGCAGCAAUAGUCGCAAAGGAGGAUGCUUUGUCGCAACUUCGGACCACUAAGAAACGGUUGAAGGAGGCGGAAGAGGAGCAGUACAGAGCUGAAGAGGACGCUGCAGCCUUGAGAGCAGAAUUGAAUAUGAUGCAGCAGCAAGUAACGGUUAAUUCUUAUAGUAACAUCCCAUUAGGGAACCCGAAUGAGCAUACUCUUUCCCUGGAAAAGGAAAUAAUGGAUUUACAAAUUAAGUUAGAGCAAGAGUCACUGCUGAGACAACAAGACCAACAUAAGCUUGCAGAAGAGCAGCUCCGGCUUUCUUCUCUAAUGGAUGAAAAACAACAGCUGGAAGAUAGACUUGCAGCAUUAGCCAAAAAAGCCGCAGAAGAAUCUUCUGAUAAUGCAGCUCGCAAGGCAUUUUCAAUGCAAGAUAAAGAGAAACUUGAGAAACAAUUGCAUGAUAUGGCUGUUAUGGUUGAGAGACUUGAGGGUAGUCGACAAAAGCUGCUAAUGGAGAUUGACUCACAAUCGUCCGAGAUCGAAAGACUGUUUGAGGAGAACUCGAGUUUGUCUACUUCUUGUCAAGAUGCCAUGGCGGUUGCUAUACAGUGGGAAAACCAGGUUAAGGAAUGUCUGAAGCAGAAUGAAGAGCUCCGAGGUCUGUUAGAUCAACUGAGAUCAGAACAAGGCAAUUUAUUGCAAGCAGAAACUCCCAAUAUCCAGUCACAUGUUCAGGCUGAGAACGGAAGCAUGUCCGACCCACCAGAAUUGGUCACUGAAAAUCUACUGCUCAAGGAUCAACUUGUUAAAGAACAAAGUAGAUCGGAGGGCCUAGCAGCAGAAGUUAUGAAGCUUUCAGCUGAACUGAGACGUGCCAUCCAGUCGCACAACAAUCUGGCGCGCCUCUAUAGACCCGUACUGAAAGAUAUAGAGAAUAGCCUAAUGAAAAUGAAGCAAGAAACUUAUAACACGCUCAGCUGAUAAUAGCUGCGGUGUGGCUAUAGUUCAUCAUCUGCUUUCAGCAUCAAUUCUCUACGUAUAACUUAGAUUGCUCCUCCAUCUCUUCCGGGCUACAAGCAUCCGUCAUCUAUAGCACCGGAGGUUCUUAAUUCAGAGGGCUGCGCAUAAGCUGUGGUGAUACUGAGGGGUGGUUUCCAUUGUGAAAAACUGCAGCUGUUUCCUCCUUCUGGACUAAGUAGUUUGGUAAAUUUAGGUUCCAGGUUUGGACCAAUUGUUGUUGAUCAGUCGUGUAAUUGAAAGAAAUAUAGCACUGGAGCUGUUUUUUAUAGGAUGAUUCUUUGUAGCAGAAAUUAUUUUUACCGGAUGAUGUUUUAUCUUUAAGAGUCAUAGUUCUUAUC